AUGCCGUUUGAGGAUUCCAAAUCCCAGAUGAUGACCGCUUCCAACGACGAAACCGCAGCGGUUGCGUCCAUGGAAGACCCUUUCGUUUCAAAUGGCGGGAGGCCAGCUGUCCCCCGCGAGGCCCACCGAUACUCGUCAUUCGACACCCAGCUGUUCAGUCUCAAUGCGUCGUCCCCUGCACAGGCCAAACGCGCCCUUGAGGCUCAUCUGGCAGAAACCGAACGUCGACUGGAAGAGGCAUCGAAAUUGGGUACCGCCCUUAUCGACCAGCAGCAACAGUUGGCGGAACAAUUGAAGGAGGUCGAACAGCAGCAGGAUGAUGGGGAGAUGGGCCCGGCAUUGCGCCGCAAGCUCGCCGAUCUGGAGAAAGAGUAUAAUGAGAUCGGUCGGGAGUCGGCGCGUGCAUUUUUGGCACCCAAGCGGCUAGCUGGAGGCACCGAGGAGGCGCAGCUUGGGACGCCCUCGUUUGACCAGAAGUCCCCUCUAAGCCCGGCACUAUUCGCCAGUCAAGCAACCAAUUCUCCGAGCAAAGUCAGCGUCCCUUCACGAAAACAGCGUAAUCAGCCUUCAAACCGUGUUCAUGAUAUCGAAUUUGCGACUGAGAUUUCCACUUCCCUUUUGGCUCAAGUCCGUCAACUGCAAGCUCUGCUCGCGGAAAGAGAAGAGUCCCUUAAGUCGGUUAAUUUGGAAAAAUCACGACUUGAGUUGGAAGCGGAGGGCUACGGGCAGCGGAUUCGGGCACUGGAUGACAGCGAACAGCGCUACAAGGACGAGAACUGGGCAUUGGAAACGCAAGCUCAUGAGCUGAUGGCAGCUGCGAGAGAGGCAGCCGAACGUGAACAGCGACUCAACGGCAGUUUGACUGCGUCAACCGCGGAGAAGAAUGAAGUGGAGCGCGAAUUGGAGGAACUGAGGCAAGCCAACUCCAGACUGCUUGAGGACCAGAGCAUUACGCAGAAAGCAAACGACGCAGAGAUCAACCUUCUGCGCCGAAACCUGAAUGCAGGCGAUGCAGAGAAGUCUGCCCUUCACAAGAAGCUCAUGGAAAUGACUUCCCAAAACCAAGAGCUUGCCAAGGCGGUUGCCAUGCGACUUCGUGAUCAUGAAAACCAGGGCACUCGCGCCGUUUCAUAUGAGCACGAUGAUGAGGAGGUCGAACAAAUCACUCCUGAAAGCUCUCCCCCACCUUCGCCUAACAAGUUCACCCCUCGACACGGUCACUUGGAAUCGGAGACCUUGAAGAGUUCUCUCGGACAUGCUCAUCGUAUGAUCCAGAACCUCAAGAGCACGAUUCACCGUGAGAAGACUGAAAAGAUCGAGCUCAAGCGUAUGUUGCAAGAUGCUCGUGACGAAGUCGAGACCCGUCGCCGUGACAGCACUGUGGCCAAUGGCUCGAGCAAACGCCAAAAGACCAAGACUGAUUCGUCUCGGAAGCCUCCUCGCCCAGAUCUCCUGGGCGCAGGCCGCAAGGAGAAGUCUUUCGUCGAGCUCCACGACACUGACUGGGAAGAUAACGCCGGCCAAACCAGCCCCACUCAAGUCCGUGUCAGCUCAAGACCCGGUACAGCCCGUUCUGGAACUGAGUCUCCAGAUGGUCCCAGCGAUGUCUACCAGACCGCCACCGAGGCGGAAGAUGGCUUUGAGACUGCCAAUGAGCGUGCCACUGCAACCGAGAGCGAAGCGUUCCAAACCGGCGUCGAGAGCAUGGCCGAUGACAGCAGCGACUCAGCAGAUCUCACUGAGACCGAGCAUAACGUUCAGACAACUCCACGAGCCAAGGGCUCAUCUAUCCGCAUGACCAAGACCCGCGAUCGCGAUGCAUACCACAGCACUGCCUCGGCCUCAUCUGACGAGGAGGACUUCGAUAGAGGAUUCGGCUCUCCAACACAAAUGCACAUUUCCCGGCCCCGUGUCAAGUCCAAGCGUAGCAUUUCAAGACGCAUUCGCCCCUCUGGGGAGGCUACCUUUGCAUCUACAAGCCGCCCCUCAAGUUCACGCGACUCCACGGCAAGCAGCUUUGAGCAAGCCCCGGCAUCUCAAGAGGGACAGAGUCUCUUUGCAGAGCUUGCCGAGCUUGACAGCACCGAAGAUGACGGAGAGGCUACUUCUCAAGCUUCGACGCCGCGUAUGGAACCCACUGCCGGCUCGCGCCGACCCUCGGAUGCGAUGCUGGAUGCACCACCCAAACCUGCUAUGGUGGACUCUGGCGUUAUGACCGAACCUUGGGAGCCUUCUUCCGUUGGCGCUGGCUUAGCUGCUGGCGCCGGCCUUGUCGCUGGAGCUGCCACUGGUGCUUUGGCUGCUCACGCGGCUGGAGAUGGAGACCGAGAAGUCGGUGACGAGGCAGAGCAAAACGCUAGAUCCAUCAGUUCAGGAACACAGGGCACCCCACAGAAGCCCCUGCCUGCUGAUGACCACAUGGCUGAUGUGUCUACACCGCCCAAGAUGGCCUGGGACGAGCAAGCCCGAAAUGUCAAUGUACGCGAUCUUCCAGAAAUGGGCAUGGCGGAAGUAUCUUCCCAGGAGACCACACCCCGCACACCCAAACGACCUGAACUCAGUGUCUCUUAUAUCAACGGCGGAACCACCGAGCCAGUGAAGCAUGAGCUGCCCGCACCGGAAGUGCCGGAAAUGACGAUAUCUUCGAUUUCAGUCCAGGCCACUAAUCCCAUCCAACCCAAGGUUUUGGUGCCUGAACCAAUAAUCAAACACGUUGAUGUAAUCAAAUACAUUGAGCGUGAGCCAGAGGUGCCCGACUUGAGCUUCUCCUCUAUCACCACCCAAUCCACUGCGCCAGUUCAAGCAACACUCGCUGUACCGGAGCCGGUCAUCCAAUACGUUGACGUGAUCAAAGAGGUGGAGCGUGAGCGUGAAGUACUGGAAUUGAGCUUCUCAUCUGUUGCAACUCAGUCAACAGCACCUGUCCAGGCGGUACAGGCACCUAUCCCUCAGCCGGAGCCUGUCAUCAAGUACGUUGAUGUAAUCAAGGAGGUGGAGCGUGAGCGCGAUCUUCCUGCUCUAAGCAUUGCCUCUAUUGCCGGACACUCAACUGCUCCUGUGCAGGCCACCAAGGCGGCGCCUGUCAUUGAGUACGUCGACGUCAUCAAGCACGUUGAGGUUGAGCGUGAGCGCGAGCAUCCUGCCUUGAGCAUCGCUUCCAUCGACGGCCACUCUACGGCUCCUGUGAAAGCCACCUUUGCUAAGCAAGAACCAGUCAUUGAGUACGUUGAUGUGAUUAAACACGUGGAACGUGAGCGUGAAUUGCCUCAAUUGAGUAUCUCUUCUAUCAACCACCACUUCACUGCCCCAGUGCAAGCAACCAAGGCAGCACCUGUCGUUGAAUACGUCGACGUCAUCAAGCACGUCGAGGUUGAGCGUGAGCGUGAAGUCCCAGAGUUGAGCUUCUCUUCUAUUACUACUCAGUUCACUGCCCCCGUCAAGGCCUCUAUCCCUGAGCCCCAACCACCCGUUAUUCAAUACGUCGACGUUGUCAAGCACGUUGAGCGUGAACGUGAGGUUCCUGACUUGACAAUUUCUCUGCUUGACCCUGCAUACACAAAGCCUGUGGUUUCAAAGCCUCGCGUUGUGCCUUCACCAGAGCUGUCAUUCUCUUCUGUACGCUCUGUCGAGACUCAACCCGUGAAGUCUGUACUUCCUGUUUUCCCUGGCGUGGUAGACUUCUCUACCCAAACCGAGCCAGAGUCGCAGUCAACUAGGGCUGCUGUGUUUGUUCACGAAGACCAGCCAGUUGAUGCUAAUGAGAACGAUAGACUCGGUGGUGCCGGUCUUGCUUUGAACGAUAUCUCUGGUAACAGUCUGAGUCGUUCUGCGAAGCGUAUGUCAAGCUCAGUCAGCAUGGACCAAGGCUCCCAAACCAUCUUGUCCUCCAAGCAAAUUGAUCAGAUUUUGGUCGAGCGUUCUUCGCGCCCAUUGUCUUCGGAUAGCCGGGUCACGGAUAACUCGAAGGAAAUUGCCGCCGUCACUGCUACUGCUACAUCUCCCUACACACCUAAGGCAAACCUUCGACCUCGUCUCUCCCAAAUCCAACCUGCGAAGUCCACUCCAAACCACCGCCGACCACCCAGUGCCACCAGUCAAUUGUCCAAUGUCAGCGCUCAUCCCCCGCUGCCCGUGGACCACCGGGAAGCCAUCAUGGCUGCCGAGAAGAGAUCCAUCGACGCGGCUCCGCCAUCCCCUACCUCUGCCAUGGGUCCUCCUUUGGCACCUGCCUCUGCCUACCGAAUGAACUCCCACCGUCCCCUCACGCCCAGCGAACAAGCUGCGCGAGCCAGCUCUGCGAGAACCGGCUCCUCCCAAGCCCGCAUGCGGCGUGGAAGUCAAAGCCAAAUGUCUCGACGAUCUUCGGUUUCGUCUUUCGCAUCCGAGAUCGACGAGCGUUUCAAUGGCAACCCCCAUGCAGGUCCUAUGCCUCAAGGCUACGGACCUAACACUGAUCCUCGCAUGAUCCAGGCCAUCACACAGACCAUGAUUGGCGAGUUCCUUUGGAAGUACACGCGCAAGACUGGCUCGUCGGACAUGUCGUCCACGCGUCACCGACGCUACUUCUGGGUCCACCCUUAUACCCGCACUCUAUACUGGAGUACCUCAGACCCACAGACGGCUGGAAAGAGCGAGCUUCGCACCAAGAGUGUUCCCAUUGAGGCUGUACGAGUGGUUCCAGAUGAUAACCCAUACCCACCCGGUCUUCACUGCAGGAGUUUGGAGGUCGUCAGUCCUGGCCGACGGGUUCGGUUCACGGCAACGACCAGCCAGAGGCACGAGACCUGGUUCAACGCGUUGUCCUACUUGCUUCUUCGGGAGACCAACGACAACUGUGAGGAUAGCAACAGUGUGACUCUCGACGAGAUCGACGAAUUCAACCCUCCUAGCUAUAAUUCUGGCACACGCCAGACCGCGCGCAUGUCGUUCUCUUCCCACAAUAGCCGCACCGUCCGCAAUCCCCACAAGCAGCAGCGCGCCGCUUCUGCAAUGUCGAUGCGAUCCGGUGGCACUCAUGGCGGCCGUGCCUCACCCGCCCUCAGUUCCCCUGUGCCCAACUCGUCACUGCAAGUUCCCGAUGGCCAGCGUUCCUCGUCGCGUCUCAGCACGAUCUCCAGUUCAAUCAGAGGCUCCAUUGCCAGCUUGAAGGGUCGCCAUGGCCAAUCUCCCAGCAUGCACAAUGAAAGCCUUCACGGCCAAGAGAGCGCCGAUGAUCUCCGACAGGUCAUGGAAAACCAGGAACAAGAUCGACUUGAAAAUGUGCGUGCCUGCUGUGACGGCAAGCACGAUGUCGGCUCGCUCUCUCGUACUAGUCGGUACAGCCCGCGAGUCGAUCGCAUUCACUCCCCACACCCUCACUGA